AUGCCUGAUCACCAAUGUCACCAAUGUUAUGAUGAACUUGCUACUUGGAUCACAAUCAAGAUUCAUAAACCUUUCCGUGUUGAAUUCAAAACUAAUAAAGACUGGGCUGAUGAAGUUGAACAAGAACUCUUCGUUAAUAAAAGAGUCAAGAAAAGUUUUGAUUCAUAUCAAGCUGCCUCACAACAAAUUCAUCCCAAUUCACAAAUUGAAAGAUGUCGUGAAUGUGAAAAAUAUGUAGAUAAAUAUUAUACCGGAAUGUAUUUCAAAAUGAAUGGAGAAAAAGUAACCGCCUGUGAUAAUUGUAUCAGAGAAAAACAACUGAAUCUACCUGCCUGCUCACAAUGUGGUGAACGUAAUGAAUCCAGAGAAAUGUUUAUUACUGGAAGUUAUCAAAAACAAUACUUCUGCACUUAUGAACAUCAAUGUGUUUAUUGGUUUAAUCAUGGAGGAUGGAGAAAGAAUAUCAAAACCAUUAACAAGCUUAGAGAUCGAGGAACACUAUUGGAAGUUUAUGAUGAAUGUGAUGAAAUUGGCAAAGCAAUAUUAUCUCGCUUUAUGUAUGAAGAUGACUAUGUUCAAGAAAUCAUCUAUGAGGGUUCUGUAGAAGCCUCUGCUGCUGAAAUAUUUCAAUACAUUUAUCAACAACUCAGUCCUAACCGAAGACAACAGCUUGCUCGCUUAGAUUAUAUUAAUGUGAAACUCUGUCAAGAAUGCUUAAUUCCUUGUGACAAUGAUAAAUGCGAUGAUUGUGUACAAUCUGAACAUACAGUAAAGAUAGAUAAAGGAAAACGUCCUAUGAUUUUGGAACCAAUCCCAGAAGAAGCAGUAACCAAUGAACUAAUUGAAGAAAUCAACUUCACUCCUAUAUCAACUCAGCCUCCUCAACUCGAAUUGAAUGAAAUACAUGAAAGAUUCAAUGUUAUUUAUCAAGCUCUUAAUGAACUUUCACAACAGUUUAACAAUUAUUUAAAGGAUGCCCCUGUGGAACAAAAUACUAGUUACUACGCAGUUAAAGUUUAUAAUGAUCAAGAUAAAGGAAAAUUGCCAGAAAAAGCACAUCCUACUGAUGCUGGAUAUGAUGUUUACUAUACUGGAAAAGAAGCAAUUAGAAUUCCCUCACAUCGAGUCAUAUUAGUAGAUAUAUACAUUGCCAUAGAAAUUCCUGUAGGAGUUGUAUGUCAAGUGAUGUCUCGCUCAUCUCUCGCAAAACAAGGAAUCAAUGUUAAAGGUGGAACUAUUGACUCAGGAUAUACUGGAAAUAUCAGUAUCAUCAUUCAAAAUGAUUCUGAAGAAGAUUAUAUUAUUGAACCAGAUCAGAAAAUUGCUCAACUCGUAUUUCUUCAACUUGCACCUAUUGAUCAACUUAAACCAGUUUCUACUAGAGAAGAACUUGGACAAUCUAGCCGAGGAACAGCUGGAUUUGGAUCUACUGACUAUCAAGAAGCCUAUACCUAUUUCUUGGAACAAGAACAUGAAGAAAAAGUUAUUGAACAACGAAAAUUAACUGCUGAACAAGAAUGA